AGACUUCAUCUGGCUCCACUUUUUGAAAAAGGCUGACACUAUCGAGGAUUAGUUCAGCUGAAAACUUUCCUUCACGCUACAUUUACGUUAUAAUGACAAAUACAGGAAAUUCAAACUGCAGACAUUCUACCGAAAUUGUUUGACGAAGACAGUCACGCGGUUAGUUACCUAAGCAGAUGAACAUUUAAACCCAACUCGUUUCCGCCGAUAGAUGUCGAGUUAAAUCAUCACUGAAAUGGAAUUUUACUCAAAUGCAACAACGGCUCAUCAAAUUAGUAACCUAAACGAGUCUUCUUCCUUAUAUGGAGCGGAAAUUCAAGAUGAAAUGCAAACUUUUGGAGGCAAUUUUGGAAAUGCAGGACAAUCAUGUCGAUUAGAAGAACCAAGCUACUUCAAUAGUGGCAAAAGUGGCAGAAGAUUUCGUGGACCAGAGCCUUACAGAAGCACAGCUACGAACCAAACGUCAUGUUCAAGUUCUACCAAUAGUAAUCCCUGGGAAGUCACGUUAAACCCGAGGGAUAUUCAAAAUGGGAUGCAACCGUAUGCAGUGGACUUACGUUUACCAGUAAACAAUUUAGUUCAGUCUCUUCCAAAUGAUUCUACGGAAAUUAAUUCAUACAACCCCAUAGCUGAUCCAAGGGAAACGAAUCUUACGGGUAUCCCAUCUUACGAUGUGGACAUUACCAUACGGUCACCUGUUAGCCAUUCCUUUCAUUCUCAUCCAACAACCUCUACCAAUAUGAUUCCCGAUCGCCAUUCAGUCGAUCCGAGGGGAACGAAUCCCAAGGGUAUUCCAACUAACGCUAUGGACUUCUCUGGGGAUAGAAAUCCCUACUAUCAUUUGGGUAAUCCUAGGCAGAAAGAUCCAAAUGGAAUGAUGUCUUCUCAUACGACUUAUGAAAAAGGGAAAAAGGAUCGGAACGGCAUUCAAUCUGGUGAAACGGAAAGUCCCGAGGUGACACAUGCUACCAGGGCUGAUCUCAAACGAAUAAAUUACGAUGUUGAGGAAAGAAAUUUUCAUCAGGUGACACACAAAGAAAACUCGCAGUUCACUCAGCCGAUACUGAGCUAUCCACUUAAUCAGACAUGCAGCCAAGCUGGUACUUCGUCUCAAAAAACUAUUAGGUUGCAAGGAGGGGCGCCAUUCUACCACGCUACGUUCCAAGGAGAAUUAGCCAGCCAGGUAUACGAGAAAGGCAGUGAAGGAGGGAGCAAUUUCAUUUACCAAACAAGCUCCGAUGGAAGGAUUCGAUCCAAGGAUCUUCCCUUUAAUUCUCAACAAACGACUGUCAAUGAAAGAGGAUUCACCAGGACUUGCCCUCGUUGUCACUGCGUUGUAGCGAGCCAACCACAAACGACGUCUCCUCCAACAACCCCUGGCAUACAAAACACACGAACAUCGGUCAUCAUGCUUCCUCAAAGGAGAGAGGUAGGAUUGAUUUAAGUAUCAACUGUAGACACGCUCAUUGGAAAACGUUUUAAAUUCAGCAUCAGGCGUUGACAAGUUUUUAUCGUCUUCAAUUUGAAGCGUUAUCCCGCGAUCGAGUUUGACUUUUAAUCAGCUAAAUUGUGUCAUGCUUCUUAUGGUGUCAAUCAACUGAACUGUUGACCAAUAUUACUCGCAAUUCAAGCAAUGCGCAUUAACUUAUGAUGGAAGACAAAAAUGCAUCAAAUCAGUCACUUCACAAGGUGCGAUCAAAGCUAAGGGAGGGCAAGAUUCUGCCACACUUUCUGCUGUCUCCAUAGCAAACAGGUGGGUGCGGGACUGGAUGAUGAGAUGCAGGAUGUGGUUCAGUGACACCGGUCCUCUUUGAGAAUCAGUAUACAGAGUGAUAAGAUAGUCUUCGGCCACCAUAUUAAAAAUAACGAGCUGCAAGAUUUUAAUUUUUUUUUAUUUUAAUUCACAAUCAGGUCGAGGAGACAAAGAAAACAUCCAACCAUUUUGCAGCAGGAAAUCAGAAAUGGCCAUCACCGAUAAAAAGGCCUCUGGAAAACGUAAUGCAAACUGUAUUUGUAUAACAGUGUAUUUUAUAAUUGCGCUCUUUAGGUUAUCCUGAAUAUCACUGGCUUUAGUUUUCAACUCACUAACUAAGUCUAUGUUGCGCUCUUUUUGGCAAAGUUUUAAUGUGAAAUUCCCAUAAGAAGGUCAGCCUUUAUUGUGCAGCUACACACAAGUCUUUAAACUUCUUUGACACGAUUUUCCCCUCCCCCCUUGGGUCUGCAUUUCAUGAUCCCUCGUCGACAAGCGAAAACGCAGAAAGAUCUUGGUCGUAAGUGCAGUUUGCUAAAGGUUUUUUUUCCCACAAUUAUUAGAGUAAUGCCAAUGUCAAAUUAUGUUUCUUUCAUUUAGGAAUCCGAUCUUUCUGAAGAAGACAAAGAUGAUGAGGACUUACAAGAAACGUUCUUUCGAGUGAACAUGGACGGCACGACUGCGAAAUUCAAGCUGACAGAGGAAGAUUGGGCCAAGAUGCCAAUUAAGUCAUUUCCAAGCGGUGGCCGUCUACUGAGCGGAGACUGGACCCGCAUUUUCCUUAACAAAGUGAAGGAAAGCAACCCAUGGUGCAGUUUGCGUUUCAAGAAUAAUCACGUGAGAUCGGAAAACUCGCGUAAGAUGCACUCGUCCGUGUUUUUCAGGGGAGGGGCUGAGUGCAAGUAUCCAGAGUGCAGCGUUAAAUUGAGAUUCGUGAUUAAGAAGGAUUACGGGCGGCGUGUGGAUGUGACCUACAUCGGUAACGUCUGCCACGCUAGCUAUACCUAGGCAUGAGAUGUAAGACUAACAUCCGAGGAAACACGUUUUCUGCAUCCAUGUUCUCAUCUUAGACUCAAUUCGAGUAAAGCACUUAUAUACUACAAUGUGUGACAAAACUCUUGGCACGCUCUAGUACUUUUUUGAACCUUUUAUAUCUCUCAUUUAUCUCUCCCUCUCUCCCAUCUCAAUGUUGCCUGGUGCGUGAGAAAACGCGCCGGUAUAGCCAAGUUAUGAUUAGUUCAGAGAUCAGCCUUCUUAUCAAACGACAAGAAGACGUGAAUUUUGUAAUUCAAGCACUCAGUGCAAGUGACUGAAAAACGGUACUUCACGUGAUACAGUCGAACAUGUAUCCAGCGUUCACCCGCGAGGAGUGAUGGGGCGACCGCUAAAUUCAGGUUGAACGCUUAAUACAGGUUUCACAGAAUUGGGUUAUUUUAAAAAAAAAAAAACGUCGUUUCAUUCCAUAAUUAACCACUUAGUGUACAAACACUCGCUCAAACUUACUACUAACAUUGAAUUUCGGGAGAUAAACAUGGAAUAUAUUGACCUGAGAUAUUAUUCUUAGUUUUAUUUGUGUGGUUCCACCCUAAGUGACCGUUCAAUUCAGGUGGAAAACAAUACAAAUAAGCCGUUGGGUCUCAGUUAAGGGUAACCACGACCGCAUAAUGAUAAAGUUAAUUAAGUAGAAAAGUUCGAGACUAUUACAACCGAACCGAUUAAUACAUGGUGACCGCUUAAUACGGUGCCGCUUAAUGCAGGUUCGACCAUACUCUCAAUACUUAAAGUACUGAGGCUUCGAAUCUGUACUAUUCACUCGCAGUUUACAUAUCUUACAUCAAGCAUUUACAUUUAGAUAUUGUGAAAAGUCUAACUCAUCUUUCUCCAUCCCUGUAUUUCUAAGAGAGAAAAACCAAAAUAUCGUCGUCUUUCUGUAAUAAAUUUCUCUUUUACAAAAUAAAUCCUG